AUGCGAUGGCCGUUAUAUUUGGUGUUGAUUUUGUGCAGCCUACAUAACACAAUCGCCAAAUAUGCGUGGAAAAAGUCGGUUCGCCGCAGACAGCUAGAAGAUACGCCACUACUAGAGUUUCAAACAGAAUUGUCAUUUCAUGCGAAUGAAAGCUAUGUAGAUCGACGUACUGAAGUCAUCUACCUCGGACGACACGACUGUAUUGAAGCACGGUUUCGAGUGGAGGGAAAACGAACACGGUAAGAUUCGGUUUAUAUUUCUAAUGUUUAGGUAACAAAAGUUAGUAAAUUUAAAUUUUAGACCAAAUUUUAAAAAAUUUAAAAAAUUUUUCGAAAUUUUUGAAACUCAAACAAAAUUACCUUCUUUUCAAAAAUAGUGUAAUAUGACUCGCUGCUUAUUAAAAAAGUCAUUUUCUUAUGUCAUUCUGGUUUUAUGUUUAAUUGCGCAAGCAAAAAUUAAUCCCCUAAGGCACUGUCAUUACUUUCAACAGGUGAAAAAUGUUCUCCUGGUCUUACCCUACCCAACCCUACCCUACCCUACUCUUACCCUUACUCUACCCUACUCUACCCAUACUUUAGCACCAACCAACCUUUUAAACUAGCGUUCCCCCACCCUGCCCUACAAAAAUUUCUUAAACCAUUUUUACGUUUCGGCCGUUUAUUCAUUUCUAUUUUGCUAGCCAUAUUAUCAUUGCCAAAUAUUUUUCUUAGUCAAAACUUUGAAAAUUUAAAAAUUAUCGAAAUUGAAUUCCCUCCGGAAAUAGCAAAACAAACCCCCGUUUAGCAAACCGUCUAAAAUAUUUUUUGCUUUCACAAAGUUUUUUUUUCAUAAAAAAAGGAUGUAACUGAAUUACAGCAUAAUACUAUUUAUGUUAUGGCUUACAAUAUGUGUAUAAUACAGCAUAUAUCCACAUAGUAUAGAAAGGGGGGGGGGGUGGAAACCCAAAAACCCAAAAAUUUUUUUCGUCACAGGUCCUACCUGUGAAACCCUUAGCGACGCCCCUGUCGGCACCUAAUUGUAUAAAUAUAGACAUUUAUUUACCUUUAAAAAGAUUACUGUAAGAUUUUUUUAAAUUUUCUGAACAAACUAAUUAGCUUACUUUAAAAAUUUAUAAAUUUGUUCACAAUGACCACUUUUUGAAAAAAAAAAAGUGUUCAAAAACAUAAAACAACAAGAAAAUACUACUUUUCGCGGCACUUGAAAAGACAAUGCAAAAUGAAAAACUAAAGGAAAAUGUAACUUUUGCGUCAAAAAAUUACUACUUUACUAACUUUUGCACAUGACAUGCUCUAAACACAAUUUUUAAAACUUCAAAAGCUUUUGAAAAAAAUUUAAAUUUACAAAAAACAUAAAUUUUAAAAAAAAUUUCGAACUACCAGAGAAAGUACCCUACCAGCCCCGCUCAGAAUCAGCUCAAAAUUUUUAUAUGAAUUCCUUGUACCACCAAUAGUACCUAUAAAAAAUUUUAGCUCGUGCUUUUGAGUUUUAAAUUUUAAAUAUUUGGAUUUCCCGCUAAUUUGGCAAAUUUGGCAUUGUGUUUCAAGCACUUUUUUCGAGUGUCCAGCCAAGCUACACUUACGAAUUUAAAAAUGUAGGUCUAUUUAAAGGCAUUCUACUAGUAGAUGAAAGCAAAAUUCCUGAAAGUCAAAAAACCGCAAAGUUAAAAGCUUGAAACACAAUGCCAAUUUGGCGGAAAAUUCAAAACUUAAUUUUUUAAUCUCGAUUUUCUGGAGAUUUCCUGGAAAGCGCGAGUUAGUACUUUGCUGAAGAUCUUAUAUUUACAUGAUCUUUCUAUAUAAAAAGUUUGAAGACAAUCAGAGCGGGGCAGGUCGCGCACUUUUCUUGUAAAUCUGUUUCAUUAGGAGCCGACACAAAGAACCCGCCAUAAUUUGCCGGUAAUUUCCUGUAAAAUAUGGCGGAUUCUUUAUGUCGGCACCUAAUAUUUUUUUACAUUCUUAUAAAUAGCAUUAACAAGUAAAACCCCACAAUUUUGCACCUUUGAUUAGUUAUUAAUUUCCAAUUUCCUGCGAGAAUAUUUAAAUUUCUUGCGCUUUGAAAUUCGUAUAGAUCCUGGCGUUCCUUUUGAAGAGAACGGCAGCAUUACAAAGUCGGCCGUUCCAAAAUUAGUUACUCAUCGGUCAUUGUCUUUCAAUGGCAUCAAACAACUAAAUUGCGCCGCGAAUUUGCAUAUUUUAUUCGAAUGCCAAAAGUGGAAAUUUUUUGUUUCAAAAUUUAUUUUUUUUAAUUAUAAUAACUUAAGAAUUUAAAAAAUUAAAUUUCAAUUUGAAAAAACAUGGGAGAUCGUACUUUACACCUAAAAUUGAUGUCAAAACAGGAUGUUUAGUAUCAUCUACACCAAAAAAUGUUGUUUUGUAACCAAUUAUGUUAUGAAUAGCCACUCUUUUGCUCUGAAUUUCCGGAUUUUUUCCAUUUUCAAACAAAUCUUUGUUCUUUCGCGAUUCGUUUGGAAUUUUAAUCAUUUGAAAAGGAAAUUCAAAGCCAUUAAGUAAAGUUUCAACUAAAAAAGAACGGCAAUUUGUUCGGACUUUAGUGUGGCCCAUUAUACUGUAGACUAGUUUUUUUGAGAGUCGGACUUUUGAUACAAUAGGAGACUAAACAAAAACUUUCGGUUUCUAUAGAACAAUGUAGUACAAUAACAUAAAGGGCUAUUAAGGUUGGGUAUGGUAAAGUAUUGUAGAGAAGUUGGGUAGGGUAGGGUAGGGUAGAGUAGGGUAGGGUAGGGUAGGGUAAAGUAGGGUAGGGUAGGGUAGGGUAGGGUAGGUUAGGGUAGGGUAGAGUAAGGUAAAGUAGGGUAGGGUAGGAUAGAGUAGGGUAGGGUAGGGUAGGGUAGGGUAGGGUAGGGUAGGGUAGGGUAGGGUAGGGUACCGUAAGGUAAGGUAGGGUAGGGUAGGGUAGGGUAGGGUAGGGUAGGGUAGGGUAGGGUAGGGUAGGGUAGGGUAGGGUAGGGUAGGGUAGGGUAGGGUACCGUAAGGUAGGGUAGGGUACCGUAAGGUAAGAUAACAUAAAGUUACUUAAGUUAGAACACAGCCCAUUAAAAUUAGAUUUGAAAAAAUUCUAGGCUACGAGUCUACACCUGCCACAUGGCUACAGGAGGCAUUUGCUCCAUGGACAUGUACCGCUCAGAUACUGGUGCUCAUUUUUGUCACCAAUUUCAUGCGUGGUACAAAAUGCCCCAACCGUACUCGUUGUACGUUCAAAUCGAACGUCGUCCACGUCGCUUUAAAGAUAUGGAAGCUGAGCGACACUACAAAAGAAGACGGCGUGGCAGGGCGGCUACAAGAAGUGUAGCGGAAUUCGAAUUUACCGGUCAGAAAAAGUGCUCACAGACUUGUAAACAAGACGUGGACGAUGAUACUGGGUUUACUACGCAACUACCGCAAUGGGUAUGUUUUUAGUUAUUAUAGGUUACGGUAAGACAUGGGGAACGGGCCGGGCUUGAAAAUCAAGGUCAUGCCCAGUCCGAAUAGACCGGCCUAUUUGCACGUAAAAAAACGGGCCAAGCCGGCCCUAAGAAAAACUUAGGUCGGGCCUAACACUCAGGCCCGGUCCAUUCCACAUGUCUAGUUACGGUAGGAUUAGUAAAGCAAGACACGGUACAGCAGUACGGUUUUAUAGUAAAACAGUACGGUAUCGAAGUCAUAAACUAGCCUACUCCUCAAAUAAGGAUAAAAAUAGGCUAAUUUAUAGCUAAGAUACUUGAUUUAUGACCCUCUAAUUGCAAAUAUUAGGUUGUUAACAUAAUUCUGCGCCCCCUUACCCACAAAUUUGCUUUUGUGGGUUAAAAGGGCGAAGAGAGAGGGCGCAGAAUUAAAUGAACAACCUAAUACCAUGAGUUUUUUAUUUGAGUACGAUGACACACGUCGUAUACCAUGCGUGGGAAGGUAAAUAUAAACAUGCCGGUGUUUUUUCUUCUAUUUUUACCGGAUUAUGAAAUCCGAUAGUUUGCGGUAAAAACUUUUUUUUGAUCCGCGUUUCCGUGGAUUUUUUUUGCCGCACGAACUUAAGUAAAGGUUAACACAAAUAAGCGGGGUAAACAUAGCAAAAUACAAAGUUUUUAAAUUUUUUAAAUUUUUUAAAUUUUUAAAUUUUUUAAAAAAAAAUUUUCAAAAUCAAAUCCUCAUUUCCAAUGCAAAACUAUCUUCGAUCAAAAUAUAAUAGAAAAAAAAUUGUUUGUCCUAUGACUUUUGUGAGAUUAAGGUUUUUUUUCAAUUUUAAUCGGCGUUAAAAAGUUUUUUUUUCGAAAGGAAACGCAAAUAAAUGCACGGAACGGAGAUUAAUUGGUGAUAUAAAGUUCAUGUAAACAUUGAAAAAAUUGUAAAAAAUCACACAUGUUUGGCAUGAGAUAUUAUAAUUGAAAGUCCAAACACAUGACUUAAUAUUAAUGUAUAUAGCGGUAAAAAAUAUUUUGGCAAGGCUUAAUUAUAUUCUUGGCAAGGUUUAAUUAUAGCAUUGGCAAGGCUCAAUUUUGCAUUGGAAACGAGGAUUUUUUUGCAUUUAUUAAUUAAAAUAAAAUUUUCAAAAAUUUCGAAAAAUUUUAAAAAAUCAUUAUAAAAUAUAUUAUUUUAGGUAUAA